GUAGACAUAACUGUGUUACAUGGAACGCUCAAGAUAUACAGAAUGGAGACUUUGCUGAGGCACCUGACCCGUGGUAAUGCUCUAGUCUUCAUAAUAAUUUUGGGUAUUGGCGGAUCUUUUCAAAAUGGGUUCCAUGUUACUGUCAUCAGUUCCCCUUCACCAUACAUCCGGAGCUUCAUCAAUAGCAGUUGGAUUGGGCGAUAUGAGGAAACCCCACCGGCACCGACAGUCAAACUCCUCUGGUCAGCUAUAGUGUCUAUGUACGCUGUGGGGGGUCUCUUGGGCUCUAUGAGUGUCAGGUGCAUUGCUGGGAGGUUUGGCAGAAAGAGAGCCAUGAUAUGGAACAAUGUGAUCAGCAUUGUUGCUGCAUUGAUCAUGUUCACCAGUAGGGGGGCAAACUCCUUUGAGAUGAUCCUGAUCGCUCGGUUUCUGUACGGAUUCACUGCAGGUUUAGGAGCGAAUAUCCAUGCAAUAUACCUGGGUGAGAGUUCACCCAAAAAGAUAAGGGGCAUGGUAACACUAACAUCUGCUACAUUCGUCUCCAUUGGUAAACUGUCAGGACAAUUUGUUGGACUAAGGGGGAUUCUUGGCCGAGAGGAUAGCUGGAACAUCCUACUGUGUGUUCCAACAUGUUUCUCUGUGGUACAGCUGCUAACACUGCCCUUCUUUCCUGAGGCCCCAAGAUACUCAUUGAUAGAAAAAGGCAAUGCAGAGGCAUGCAAAAAAGCUCUGCAGAGUCUGUGGGGCGGGGGUGAGUACAAGCUGGAGAUGACGGAGAUGGUGUUGGAGCAGGCUGCCAUAAAGGGCGAGGCCUCGAAGAGUCUCCUGGAGCUGCUGAGAGACAGGAGCGUACGAUGGCAGCUCAUCACCAUGGUGGUGGCGUACGGCUGUAUCCAGUUCUCUGGCAUCACCGCAAUCAGUGUGUUCUCCUUUGACAUCUUCAAGGAGGCAGGCAUCCCUCUGGAUAUGAUCCGCUACGUGACUCUGGGCGUUGGAGUGUCUGAGGUCCUCACCUCCAUCACCUGUGGCCUGCUGAUCGAGAGUGUGGGGAGGAGAGCGCUACUCUGGGGGGGCUUUGGGGCCAUGUCUGCCAUCAUGAUAUUAAUCACCAUCACUCUCAAUCUAAAGGAUUACAGCUUCUGGGUUCCAUACAGCACUGUUGGCUUGAUAUUCCUCUUUGUCAUUUUUUAUGGAGGAGGACCAGCUGGAGUGUUGCCGUCUCUCACACAUGAGAUCUUUAUCCAGUCGUGCCGGCCUGCAGCGUUUGUCUUCACUGGGAUCAUUCGCUGGCUUGGCUUUGCUGUGCUGGGACUAGUCUUCCCCUUUCUUAUCGAGCUGCUCAAAUCGGUCAGCUUUGUGAUGUUCGCCUGCAUGUGUCUGUUGGCAUCACUCUACAUCUUCUUCUACCUGCCGGAGACCAAGGGGAAAACCCUCCUGGAGAUCUCAGAGGAGUUUAAAAACAUCACACUGUGUGAAAAACCCCUCUCAGAUGACAAGAUCUUGGAGACAAGGUUAUGAAAACUGUUGAUAGCAAAUUAACUGAGAUUUAUCCUACUCUGUCUGAGUUGUUUAGUUUGUAUUAUAGUAUUGCCCAUCAUAUCUUCAUACAAUGUGCACUCACAGCCAUAUCAUAUUCAAUAUAAAAUAGUUUUAUGCAUCUGAAUGAC